ACAGCCUAUACUAGCAUCCAGCUUUCCUUCAUUUCCACGUACCCAGAAUGGCUUCUCAAACGCCAGCCGUUGUCAUGGACAAGUAAGCAGCUCCCGUCUAUAGAGAGUCUUAGCUUGGUUCCUCCAGUUCUCUUAGUUGUAUCCCAUUGCUGACCGGGCCAUCUGCAGCGGCACGGGCUAUUCCAAAUUAGGUGAGCGUCCCGGUCCCCACUUUCUGGCUUGCUAUCUCGGCGUACUAAAAACCUGUUUUAUAGGAUUUGCCGGAAACGAUUCACCAUCAUUUGUGUUCCCUACGGCCAUAGCUAUCAAGGGAUCCUCGGGCGGAGGUGGUGGUUCGGGCUCGGGGCGUCCGGCGGUAGCUCAGAAACCCUCUUACCUAACCGGAGGGGCUGGUCCAUCUGGCCAUUUGAGUGCCAAAAGGGGUACUGAGGACUUGGAUUAUUUUAUUGGGGAUGAAGCAUUGGCACAAGCAAGUGGACCAGGUAUGGGUCGCUGUUCUUUUGACGGGAGUUGCGGGAGGAGGGGUCCAUUGUUCCGGACCCGGAGAUUCUGGGUUUCAAGAGGGGAGAUAGCUGACGGUUGGUGACAGGCUACGGCAUCCAUUAUCCGAUAAGGCAUGGCCAAGUUGACAAUUGGGUAUGUCCUGUUGCAGCGAGACAAAAGGCAACUGGGAACUCUAAUGAUCUUCACAGGACCAUAUGGAACGUUUCUGGCAAAACUCCAUUUUCAAGUAUCUUCGAGUUGAGCCGGAAGACCACUAUUUUCUUCUAACCGAACCUGUGAUUAUCACCUUAGAGUGUUCUACAUAAGCUUGUGGGCUGACCUGAACCUUGAAAGCCUCUAAAUCCUCCGGAAUCCCGUGAAAACACCGCCGAGAUCAUGUUCGAGACCUUCAAUUGUGCUGGGUUAUAUAUCGCCGUGCAGGCGGUACUGGCAUUGGCUGCAAGUUGGACCAGUAGCAAGGUUCAAGACCGGAGUUUGACUGGUACUGUUGUUGACUCGGGAGAUGGCGUUACACAUGUUAUUCCAGUUGCUGAAGGUUAUGUCAUUGGAUCAUCGAUCAAGUCCAUUCCUAUCGCCGGGCGUGAUAUCACAUUCUUUGUUCAGUCGCUUCUCCGUGACCGAAACGAACCCGACUCCUCUUUGAAGACCGCUGAGCAAAUUAAGGAGGAAUUCUGCUAUGUUUGUCCGGAUAUUGUGAAAGAGUUCACAAGAUUUGACCGAGAGCCAGAGAGGUUUCAGAAAUACGUUGUCGAGCAGCUUGGAGGCCGGAAAGUUACCGUAGAUGUGGGGUAUGAGCGGUUCCUGGCUCCCGAGAUCUUUUUCAAUCCCGAAAUUUACUCUAGCGAUUUCUUGACCCCCUUACCCACUGUGGUGGAUACUGUUAUACAAAGCUCUCCAAUUGACGUCCGAAGAGGUCUCUACAAGGUAUGGAAACAAAUACCUAUGCUAGGUUCAGGACUAAUGACACUUUCUCAAUAGAACAUUGUUCUUUCUGGCGGUUCUACGCUCUAUAAGGAUUUUGGUCGGCGUCUUCAGCGUGACAUCCGCCAUCUUGUCGACGCUCGUAUCCGCAAGUCGGAAGAGAAAUCAGGCGGUGUUAAGUCAGGCGGGCUGGAGGUCCAAGUUAUUACCCACAAGAGGCAAAGGCAUGGGCCAUGGUUCGGGGGAAGUUUGUUGGGUCAAACACCGGAAUUCAGAAGCUACUGCCAUACUAAGGCUGAAUACGACGAGAUUGGACCAAGCAUCGUAAGAAGGUUUGCGUUAUUGGGUGGUCCUGGGCAGUGAUACUUGUCAUGUCCCCCUUGAGCGAACCUGGGCGUGAGCCUCCGGUACUGGGCUUGGGGCGGGUAGGGCCACUAUCGCAGGAUAGACAAAAUAAAAAUGGUUGAUUUCUUUUUUUCCCCCUUGGGAGGUGUAACUUAAAUUCAUAAGACAAUACCCAGUUCAAUUUG